AUGACUCGCGGUAACCAGCGCGAUUCUGAUCGCAAGAAGCAGCAGGCCAAAGCUGCGAAAGAUGGCAAGAAACACAAGAACAGCAUGACUGGGACGGAGUUUCAACGCAACAAGGAAGAUGUUGCGGCCAUCAUGCGUGAAAAGCAGAAACUUGCCGAUGAGCGCCGAGCGGCAGAAGGCAACAAGAAAUGA